GAUACGCGAGGGCCGGGAGUCGGAGGAGCCGGGCCACCGAGGACUGUACGGCAGCGGGGGAGCGGUUUGGCGGGGACACAGGGCCGUUCAGUGGCCGCCGCGAUGCUCCCUUCCUUGCAGGAAUCGCUGGAUGGGGAUGAAAAGGAGCUAGAGAGCAGCGAGGAGGGUGGCUCCGCUGAGGAGCGGAGACUCGAGCCGCCGCCCAGCAGCUACUACUGUCUCUACAGCUACCGCGGAAGCAGAUUGGCACAGCAGCGAGCGGACAGUGAUGAUGGAAGCCCAAGUGGCACAAAUGCAGAAACUCCCUCUGGUGAUGAUUUCAGCCUCUCCUUGGCGGAUACUAAUCUACCAUCUGAAUUGGAGCCAGAGCUGUGCAGUUUCAUUGCUAAGCGUCUUUCUAAGGGAGCAGUCUUUGAAGGGCUGGGUAAUGUUGCAUCUGUGGAGCUGAGAACUCCAGGUUACCGAGUUGGUUGUUAUUACUGCCUUUUCCAACAAGAAAAACUGCUUUCCCAAACAACAACAGACUCUGAACAUAACUGUUCAGAGUAUGUGGUCUGCUUUUUAGGAGGGUCUGAAAAAGGACUUGAGCUUUUCAGGCUUGAAUUGGACAAGUAUAUUCAAGGGCUGAAAAAUAACAUGAACUGUGAGGAAAGGGGUGGGGAGAACCACGUACAGUCCUACCUGAGCAGCUGGUUUGAGGAUGUUGUAUGCCCAAUCCAAAGGGUGGUUCAUCUCUUUCAGGAGCAGCUUACCUUUCUGCUACAUGCUGCUCUGAGUUAUACUCCUGUUGAGGUUAAAGAAUCAGAUGAAAAAACAAAGAGAGACAUUCACAGGUUUCUGAGUGUGGCCAGUCUCCAAGGCCUUAUUCACGAAGGCACCAUGACGUCUUUGUGCAUGGCCAUGACGGAGGAGCAGCAUAAGUCUGUGAUCAUCGAUUGUAGUAGCUCCCAGCCUCAGUUCCACAAUGCAGGAAGCAAUCGGUUUUGUGAGGAUUGGAUGCAGGCUUUUUUGAAUGGUGCUGAAGGAGGUAACCCUUUUCUUUUUCGACAAGUCCUGGAGAACUUUAAACUAAAGGCCAUACAAGACACAAAUAAUUUGAAGAGAUUUAUCCGGCAGGCAGAAAUGAAUCAUUAUGCUUUGUUUAAAUGUUACAUGUUCCUAAAGAACUGUGGUAGUGGAGACAUCCUUUUGAAGAUUGCUAAAGUGGAACACGAAGAAAUGCCCGAAGCCAAAAGCGUGGUAGCUGUCCUCGAAGAAUUUAUGAAAGAAGCUCCUACCCAAAGUUUUUGAUCACAUGUUUUGAGAUGAUUAUAUUGUGAAGUUAUGCAAGCCUUGGUGUUUGAAAUUGCAGUUGUUAUAACUGUCAUAGGAUUGCUAUUUCAGAUUAUUUGAAACAUUCUAGGUUUUUUCAUGUUGUACUUUUAAGAUUAAACCUAAUAAGACAUAUAAA